UUACGGUUCCCCUGGCGUUGAGUUCACGGGACUCCACAGUGAUACCACAGCUGUCACACAGAUCCAGUUCCUGCCCGGACAGGGCCGCCUGCUGUCACUGCUGGACGACAACACGAUCCACCUGUGGGAGCUGGUGGGCGGUGCCCCGAGAGAAGUGGGCGGGGUUAAGAAAGAAGGCGUGAUCAUUCUCCAGGAAGUAGACAGCUACAGCCUCCCAGGAAGACCAGGCAUCGAGAGCUGCAGUGCCACCCGUGUGACUGUCCUCCUCUUGCUGAGGUCAUGUGACCUGCUGUGCAUCGGCACUGAGGGAGGGGGCAUCUACUUCCUGGAGUUGCCUUGCCUGUCACUGAAGGACAACCUCACGCUGCCACAGGACCAGGUCACCCAGAGCCUGCCAGAUGAUUACAGAUGUGGAAAGUCCUUGGGGCCGGUGGAGUCUCUUCAGGAACAUCCCCAACAGCCAGGGAAGAUUCUGAUUGGCUACAGCCGCGGCCUGGUGGUCCUCUGGGAUCUGAGGACCCGGCACACCGAGCAGCUCUUCCUGGGCAAACAGCAGCUGGAGAGUCUGGUGUGGGAACGCUCUGGAAACCUAUUUGUCAGUUCCCAUAACGAUGGCGGCUACUCCGUGUGGCCUGUUACUAACGGCAACACCUGCCAUCAGCAGCCAGUGUCCUCCACCGUCCCAUAUGGUCCAUUUCCCUGUAAGGCCAUCAACAAGAUCCUGUGGAGAACGACACAGACGGGCUCUCCAUUGUUGUUGUACAGCGGAGGGAUGCCCAGAGCGAGCUAUGGAGACCGCCACUGUCUGACCAUCCAACGAGACAAAGAGCAUGUCACUCUGGACUUCACAUCGCGGGUCAUCGACUUCUUCACUGUCCAUAACGUAGAGCAAGAGAAAGAGUUUGAUGACCCGUCAGCAGUGGUGGUGUUACUGGAGGAGGAGCUGGUUGUGAUUGACCUCCUGACCCCCGGCUGGCCCUCCCUGCCGACCCCCUACCUGGCUCCUCUCCACUCCUCCGCCAUCACCUGCUCCUUCCACGUCUCCAGCGUCUCGCCUAAACUCUGGGAGAGGCUGGUCAACGCCGGCAAAGCUCAGCAGGGCCGGCAACAAGCGCAUGGGCGUUGGCCCAUUUGUGGAGGGAAGAACCUGGCUCCUCCACCCAAACAGCAAGAGCUGCUAUUGACAGGGCACGAGGACGGCACUGUGCGUUUCUGGGAUGCGUCAGGUGUUGCUCUGACUCCGCUUUAUAAACUCAGCACUGCCAACGUCUUCCACACCGACUGCGACCCAUGUGACGAACCUCAUGACCCCAGCGACGACCCCGACAUGCAGCAGGAGGAGGAAUGGCCUCCUUUUAGGAAGGUGGGCUGUUUUGACCCGUACAGCGAUGACCCCAGACUCGGCAUCCAGAAGAUCAGUCUCUGCAAAUACAGCAACAAGCUGCUGGUGGCUGGAACUGCUGGACAGGUGAUUGUUCUGGGUCUGAGUGACGAGCGCUCGGAGCACACGGUGGACGUGUCGGUGGUGGAUCUGCUGCAGGACCGCGAGGGUUUCACCUGGAAGGGCCACGACCGGCUGGAGCCCCGUCUCAAACCCCCCCCCUUCCCCCCGGGCUUCCAGCCUCAAGUGCUGGUGCAGUGCAUGCCCCCUGCCUCCGUCACCGCCGUGGCUCUGCACGCCGAGUGGAACCUCAUCUCCUUCGGGACCAGUCACGGGUUCGGCCUGUUCGACUACCACAGGAGAAACGCUGUGCUGGCCAGAUGUACGCUGCACCCUAACGACUCCUUGGCGAUGGAGGGCCCUCUUUCCAGAGUCAAGUCUUUGAAAAAGUCGCUACGACAGAGCUUCAGACGCAUCCGCAAGAGCAGGGUGUCGGGGAAGAAGCGCCCCAUCGCCACGCCCACCAGCAAGGUCCAGGAGGCCAACGCGGCGCUGGCAGAGCAGGAGGACGUGGCUCCGAUCCAGAGGAGGAUCGAGCCGCGCUCAGCAGACGACUCGUUGUCAGGAGUGGUCCGAUGUCUCUGCUUUGCGGACACAUUUCUCCGUGACGGGACGCACCACGGCGCCACCCUGUGGGCAGGCACUAACUCGGGCAGCGUGUACGCCUACGCUCUGGAGGUGCCGGGCGUGGGCUCGGGGCGAGUGUGUGAGCGCGGCGGGGCGGGCGAGAGCAGUGUGUGUGUGGAGGCGGUGCUGGGGAAGGAGAUCCAGCUGAUGCACAGAGCGCCCGUGGUGUCCAUCUCCGUGCUGGACGGCCGGGGGAAGCCGCUGCCCGACCCGUACGAAGCGUCUCAGGACCUCUCCAUCGCGCCCGACAUGAGCAACGCUCACUCUGUGCUCAUCGCCUCCGAGGAGCAGCUCAAGGUGUUCUCUCUCCCUAAGGUGAGCGCUAAGACUAAGUUCAAGCUGACGGCUCAUGAGGGCUGCCGGGUGAGGAAGGUGGCGCUGGUGGUGUUCGGCUCCACGGCUCAGGAGGACUACAGCGAGCACACUCUGGUGUGUCUGACCAACCUGGGAGACAUGCACCUGUUCACCAUCCCCGGUCUGCGACCUCAGGUGCGCCACGACUGCAUCCGUAAAGAAGACAUCAGCGGCAUUGCAUCCUGUGUCUUUACCAAGAACGGACAGGGGUUUUACCUGGUCUCCCCCUCAGAGUACGAGAGGUUCUCCCUGUCGGCUAAAGUCGUCACCGAAGCGCUCUGCUCUGUUCAGCUGGACCGACCGCUGGAGCACACACCUGCCAGCGACGGCAGCACGACGCAGGCCAACGGGACCCACAAGAACCAGAUGGGUCAGGCUGAGGGACAAACAGAAGAGCCUCCGAUCGCCCUGUCCUCCCCCCUCAUGGACCCCCCCCUGUCCUCCCCCCUGAUGGACACCCCUCUGGACUCCCCCCUCAGCUGUGCCGACCUCACCCUCGACUCCACCGGAGAAAUCACCGUGGAGGACGUCAGGGACUUCCUCACCACUGUGGACGAGGCGGAGAACAACCUGAAGAACAUCAAGGAGGAAGAGGGGCGCUCCACCGGCAUCCUCAUCAACUGAGCAGUAUUACAGGGAGGGGCUCAGGUGGAUCUGGAUGGACCGGAUUUCAGUGCUGGACCACACACAUUUCCCAUCAUCCCUCUGUGGAGCCCACCUCUGUCCUGUUAGCCUGGCACAAACUGGGAGGAAAGCCUUCAGACGGACAAAGAGCACAGCAUCAGAAGACCUGGCUGGAGACAGCCUCACCUGGCAGGGAGAGGCUAGAGACAGCCUCACCUGGCAGGGAGAGGCUAGAGACAGCCUCACCUGGCAGGGAGAGGCUAGAGACAGCCUCACCUGGCAGGGGAGAGGCUAGAGACAGCCUCACCUGGCAGGGAGAGGCUAGAGACAGCCUCACCUGGCAGGGAGAGGCUGGAGACAGCCUCACCUGGCAGGGAGAGGCUGGAGAGACAGCCUC